AUCUCCUUUCACUCCACACUUCCCCCCUCCUCCUCCUCCUCCUCCUUCGGUAGAUCUCUCGCGGCAGCGCAGCCUCCACCUCCUCCUCCUUCUCCGGCCACGGCGGCCGGCAUUAGAAGCAGCGGUGGGGGUCCCGGGGCGAAGAGCGGCUUGCGGUGGCGGUGGCGGCGGCGGUUGGGUAGGUGCGGCGGCCGGCCUCGGCUGCGGCGGCGGCGGCGAUGUAUAAGAACCAGCUCCAGGAGCUCGCGCAGCGGAGCUGCUUCAACCUGCCGGCGUACACCUGCCUGCGGGAGGGGCCGGACCACGCGCCGCGGUUCAAGGCGGCGGUCAACUUCAACGGCGAGCAGUUCGAGAGCCCCGGGUUCUUCACCACGCUCCGCCAGGCCGAGCACGCCGCCGCGGAGGUCGCCCUCGCCGCCCUCGCCCGCCGCGGCCCUUCCUACUCCCUCGCCGCCCGCAUCCUGGACGAAACAGGGGUUUACAAGAACCUUCUCCAGGAAGUAGCACAGAGGGUUGGAGCACCAUUGCCUUCGUAUACAACAGAGCGAUCUGGGCUUGGCCACCUUCCGGUUUUCACAUGCACAGUAGAGCUAGCUGGGAUUACAUUUACAGGUGAUCCUGCUAAGAACAAGAAACAAGCUGAAAAAAAUGCUGCUUCAGCAGCUUGGUCUUCUCUGAGACAAUUGGUACGUCAGGAAGCGAGUUCAUCAAAUGAACCUGAGAGCAAUGAUGAGCAGGAGCAGAUCAGGAUUGCUCGAGCUCUUCUCAACUAUCGCCUGAAGGAGAAGAUGGCGAUGGCCAAUAAUCCACAUGCUUCACCCUUCCCAAAGAAAUUUCCGAUGCAGCCCGAGAGGAGGACAGCAUUUCCUCAAUCCUCUCACUCCAGCUACUCGAAGAUUCUCCCUCUAUUUCGCCCCAAGUCUAAUUCAAGGUCAAGGCCAGAGUCGCCAGCAGCGUCUGAUGCAGCAUCACAGACUCCUUUCCGGCCAACUGAAAGUCCAAAUCCAAGGUCAAGGUUCCCCGCUGCAGAGGCGGCUCCUUAUGUCCCAGUUGGGCACUUCCGUAUGCCUUGCCAUAGCAUGGCUCCUCCAGUCACAGUCAGGACUUCUAUCCCUGUUUUCUCUGCUCCACCUCUCCCACCCCCAGGUGCGCGGACACAACAGCUUCCUCCUCUCAUGAGCCACCCGCCGCCAAUUCGAAUGGCUUCCCCGGUUCGCAUCAGGCCAGCUCCUCCUCUUUUUACUCCUUCAGCAGUCCAAGGGCCGAAACCUAUGAUGCCUGUUCAGAUAAAGGAUGUGCAACACCAACAAAUAAAGGAAACCCGGUCACCUGUGAUGCCUGUUCAGGUGAAGGAUGCACAAAACCAGCUUCUUAAGGGAUCCCUUUCACCUGUGAUCCCUGUUCAGAUAAAGGAUGUACAAUCCCAGCCACCGAAGGAAGCGCUGUCACCUGCGAUCCCUGUUCAGAUUAAGGAUGUACAACUCCAGCCUCGGAACGAACCAGUGUCAAUCGGUAAGGGGGUGGUUCCAUUGCCAGCGAUUAGGCCUCCGGUUAAGGUUGAGGCUCCAGCUGAAGUCAAGGAAGCUUCACAACCUGUUGCUGGUUCUUCUGUGGUGCAAUGCAAGGCUGAUACAUCGCCGGACUCUCUUCCGAAAACCCAGUUGAAGACCGCCAACGCCGACAACGCUGACGCCAAGGAUGAUCAUCUCCCGGUGGAUGCUGAAGAAGUGGAGGACAUCAUCAGGCAUCUCGAGCUCAAAUAAUUUCAGAAAGCGUCAACGAACGAAUGGGGCGUCAUCUUCUGUCAGAUUUUGUAAUUAGCUGCCUCCUCCUAUGCACAUCCCUUUUCUGUUUUAGUUUUGUUUGCCUUUGGUUCGGAUUAGGGGCGCUGGGCAAGCUGCAUUUCUCGUAGGGGACACCUAGCUUUUUUUUUUGUUCAGAAGAGAGGGAAAAAAAUGGACAAGACAUACAUGCAGUGGUAGGCGGUUUGCCCGUUGUUUGGAGAUGGAUGGUUGGUUAUACUUCCCUGGAUAUGCAGUUGGUGGUCUGCUUUUACCCCCAAUGAUGAGGUGGAUAUUGUUGUUGCCUCUAGGGAAGGAAAUUAUGUGGCGGCAGUUUUACCUCCUAAAAUUUCUCCUAGUCAUUCUCCUAAUCCUCUUAUUACUAUUAUA